AUGCAGAUAGUCAUAGCACUAAUACAGGAGCCUUGCUUUCUGAACAAUGCUAUCAAAGGCCUGAGCGGGUGCGGUAUCAUAUACAAAGCCAGCACGAGUGGAAAGAUAAGAGCCUGUAUCGCAGUAAAAGGAAUAACAAUAACUUUUAUGCCACAGCUUAGCUGCAAGGACUUGGUGGUUAUCCAAACUAAAAUCAAUAUAGGAGAGCAAAAGACCUUAGAGGUCCUAAUAGGAUCAGCCUAUAUGCUCUAUGACUCCAUGGAACCACCACCACAGGACGAAAUCAGGAGACUAGUGGCCUAUGCGGAGGAGAAAGGGCUCGAACUACUCCUGGGAUGUGAUGCAAACUUCCACCAUGUUGGGUGGGAGAGCACGAACAUCAAUCAGAAAAGGGAAAGCCUACAUAUCUUCGUCAUGGGCACAGGACUGAUAAUUCUAAAUAGAGGCACAACACCUACCUUCAGGGAUUCCAGAAGGGAAGAGGUAAUUGACAUCACGAUAGGUACGGAGGAGGUGUCCAGACUGGUCGGAGAUUGGAGGGUCUUAAAAGAACCUACAGGAUCGGACCAUAACAGGAUACAAUUCACCCUCCAGCACAUAUCGGAAGAAAAAUGGGUAAGAAACCCGAGAAGGACAGAUUGGAUAGGCUAUAGGAAAGAUGUAAUGGCCAUGCUAACAAAAGCUCCAACCAGAUUCCAUACAUACGAAUAA